AUGGCACAGUCUUGGGCAGGGCACCGUGAUGCUGCUGCUGUUGCUGGUGCUUGGGAAGCAGGACAGGCCUCGCUGCUUGCCAGCUGUCUGGGGCCCUAUCCUUCCUGUCCCCACAUUCCUGGCAUUGCCCUCCCUGCUGUCCCCACUGCCUUCUGCCGCCCACCCAGCACCACUCAAGGCCUUCUCUCCCUCCUCUUGCAGACCAUGGAUACCUGGGUAUUGUGGUUCUUGCUCUUGCAAAUUUUACACCAAUACCCAAAGCCCGUGGGUGAUGGCUUGGACAAGGCGACACGUCUGCGAAUGGAGGCACGUGCAAGGUUCCAGGAAGAGGUGAAGAUGCGUCUGGAGAUGGAGGUGGAGCAGCUGGCUCUGGAGCAGGAGUUGGAGCAGCUGGCCCUGGAGCAGGGUGUCUGGGCCCGGAGAGACCUGCCGUGGUCUGCCUUGCAGCACUGGCAGGUCUGGGCUCCUGCUGGACGGGUGCUCCUUGUCUUGGCCCUGUGGUAUAUCUGGAGUAAAAGGAGCCUGAGGAGAGAAGAGCGUGAAGAGGACAACGAUGUGAAUGGGGAGGAAAAUGGCAAUGAUGCUGGACAUGGCCAGGAAGUGGACAACAUUGCUGCAAAUGAAGAAGAUGCUGGUGGAAAUGAAGUUGGCAAUGAGGCUGCAAAUGCAGCUGUUGGAAAUGAAGCUGAUAACCAUGAUGAGGAUGAUGAGAUUGGAAGAAUGUUACUGCAGCGCAUCCAGUGGCCUGUGCAGGACCUGGAGAGAGGGUGCCGGUGGACAGCUAUCUUGAUGGAGAAUUUGGCAUUUUACUUUCCAAACGUCUUGUCCACCACUUUCUACCCGGUCCUGCAUGAAGCCAUUGCGGUGGGCAGUGCCUUUGAGGGUUGGAGUCCCCGUGAGCAGGAUGUUGUGUACCAGGUGCUCAUACCCAUGACUCCUCCCCGAGGGCACAGGUUCCACCUGGAGACGGACACUGAAGGGCAGAGGAGCGAGCUGAACUUCCGCAUCCGUGUGGAGCAGGUGUGUACCUGCGGGAGGGAGCAGCAGGACGAGCAGGUGCUGUGUCUCCUGCACCAUCCCGACGAGGAACUGGAGGGCGACGAGCAUCCCAACGUCCUUCAGUCCCUGUGCAGAGACUCCUACCUGGAUGUGGAGAAAACCGCCCGCUGGUUCUGCCAGCUGAUGAGAGCAAUCUGGCCAGCCUUGCCUCAGGCACACAAUUGGCAUUUAGUGCUGCUGCCCUCCAGGCGCUCCUGCCAAUUCAAGGUGAGCAAUGGCCAAGAAAGCUUCCGGAUUGAGAUGCUGUUUGGGGUGCGGGAAGACAACACCGACAUCUUUGCAAGCAGCGAGCCAAGGCAAGGCUACACCCCAAGCACAAUCUGGCCAGAGAGCUACGCCGUGGCAGAGAUUAAGUUCUUCAGGUACAUUGCCAGGCGGGCUCCCCCGGACAGCUUGCACCUCAAAUGCCUGCAGUUCUUCACCCGUCUUCAGCUGGGCUUAGGCAUUGACACCUAUACCAUGAAGACCAUUGUCAUGCACAUCCUCAGCAACUUGCCUGCGUCAUCUUGGACCACCAGGCAUUUUGUGAGGCGACUGAUGGAUAUCAGCGAGAACCUGCGCAUAUGUAUAGGAAUGAGACGCCUCAACCACUUCAUUAUUGGCAACCAGAGGCUUCCCCAGGGGAUCAAUUUGCCCCUACAUGUCCUGCUGGCCAGGCAAUACAAUCUUUUCCAUCACCUGCAGCUGGAUCCGGUUGCCCACUCGCAGGCAAUGAGUCAGUACAUGGAUCUGCGCGAGUCGCUCCAACGGAUCCUGAACAAUGAAGACUGA